AUGUUCCGCUGGAUUCCCGGAGCUCGUAGUUCAUACGGACGCUCGCGCUCCGUGGGCUACCGUUGGAGAAUGAAUGGCGGCGGGGGAGCCGGUGGUCCGCGGAGAGCAGACGCGGCGCGCGAAGAUGGCGGGACCGUACAGGAGCAGAGAGAGCGCUGGGAACGUAAAAGAGCGCGGACGAUGCGAGAGUUACUGGAGACAGAGCAGCGUUACGUGGAGGAACUCGAGCUCAUAACAAAAUUCUACGAUGAUGUCUUCCGCGCACGCUGCGGCCAUCUGAAGAUCGCUCAGAAAGGAAUUUGUGGCACCAUCCCCGACAUGCUGAAAGUACACCGGACUUUCCUCUCCUCUCUGGCCCGUGGCUCAUUUGGCUCCGGGUUUGAGAACCUCUCACAGUCUCUGGACCUUUACAAAAAGCACGCUGAGCGUAUCCAGCCUACACGUCAACUCCUAGAGACUCAGAAGAAGAAGAAUAAAUUGUUUGCUCGCUUCAACAAACUUCAAGAAUCUCGGCCAGAAUUUGAGGGAAGGAGCCUGGAGCAGCUGCUGGAGCUUCCGCUGAAAAGGCUCCGUGGAUAUAAACAUUACCUUCGAGACCUGGCAGAGAACAACCUUCCCAGAAACCCUGAUACAAAAAGGCUGACGGGCUCGCUCUCGGCAGUGUGUGACGUUUGCCGGUAUGUAGACGAUAUCGCCAUGAAUCAGGAGAACCUGCGGCAGCUGCAGAGGGUCCAGAAGCUGCUAAAGGGUCGGACGCUGCGUGUUCUGGGUGCUGGGCGCUGGUACAUAAGGGAAGGAUGGCUGUCUCUCGUCCCGCAGAGCGGCGAUGAGGUCAAACCCCGGAUGUUGUUCCUUUUCUCCGACGUUCUUGCCGUCACGUCUCCCUGUCACCCUAUGCACCCAACCAACGCUCACAAGUUCUCCUGCCGUGCCGUUUACCCCCUCAUGGAGUGUCGAGUGGAGAGAGUCCUAGGGCACACGCAGAGCCAGGGGGGUCUUAUCAGUCUCUCGUUUGAGAAAGAGAAGAUCCUUUUAAUGUCCACGGAUCAGCAAGAUAUCAACGACUGGUACGAGUGCCUGGUGACGGCUGUGAGGAAAAUCCAUUCAAAUUCUGAAGACUGUCAGAACAGACAACAUGAAGCGGCUCCAGAACACCACAGGCUGACCAAGCAUAGAACGCUGAAGAGGACCUGGGUGGAAGAACUAGGAGAAGGUUCGGCCGCGUCGGGCUCUUCUAUCUCUGCCGGCCAGGAGGGAACCUCAUCUAAGAGGAUGAAAGCGCCUGACCAGGGGUCUGCCGUACCAUGUUCCCAAACCGAGGCUCCGCAGGACGGUGGUGGUUGGCGCUGUGCGAUACUCUGAUUUAUUUCA